GCCUAUACUCAUAGGCCAGAGACGUACAAAGUGGAGUACAGCCAAAUUGAUCUAAAUAUCGUGGAAAUAAAGUGCCAAGAAGGCUCCACCUAAGCCGAGCUUUCUUCCCCCUACGAGGAGGCUGAGCUGCAGCAGGGCCGGCCAAAUACAAUCUUGACCCAGUUUAGUGCUGAUUUUGGAGCGUAUUCGCCGUGGGGCUGAAGCAAUCUCAGCCUCAGAGAAGAGUCUCGAAUGUGCCUUUAAAUCUACCCUGGGUCGAUACCCGGAACGGUUUCUCCUCAGAAUCGUAGAAGACGAGACUGGGGACAUUUUAGCUAAUACGCUCCAAUCUUCCCGCGACCGUCCGUAACCUUGUUUCCGCCAGCAACUGUUAAUCGGUCACCCCUGGUGUCGUUGGCAAGAUGCCCAGCGAUACGACACUUCCGGGAUUGCAGGUAAGUGGAUUCAGACUCCGGAGAACACAUGAGAAAUCCAGGAAUGGUUGCACCAGAUGUAAGCAGCAGCGGAAGAAGUGCGAUGAGUUGAGGCCGAGUUGCUCCAGAUGUACCAAGCGCAUAUAUAGAUGUCGAUAUCGAAACUGUCCGAGUGAUGGUAAUUUGUCGGAGCAGCAGGAACCGACCCACUUGCCAGUUCCACCCAAAAGCCCUACCGUGGUAAUCCCAGGCUCUGGGUCGCUGUCUGCAACUUCGAGUGAUCGCCUUUCUGUAUCCAGUCCUCCGCCUUGUGGACAACCUAGUGCCUCCUCAAGUCUUGGUACAAAUGACGAAAGCCCGGUGUUGAAUUCAAACUUCCCUGGCACUCUCGACGCGACAGAGCUUGAUCUCCUAGCCCACUAUAUCACGCACACUAGCCAAUCUAUACCUGUUGACGAUCUCGAUGUGUAUGCUCUUUCCAUAGGUGUACCAAAUCUGGCUUUCAAUUGCAAGGUCGUCAUGUCAUCCCUGCUAGCCUUGGCAGCGGCAUGCAGGUGCCACGAUAUAGCGAAACGAGCCCAGACGCUUCUCGACCACCAGAGCCUAAUGCAGAUCCAACAGCUACUUGCGCUUGCGGAGCGCCACCAUAGAGCCUCCCUUCGCCACAUACAAACGGCCAUGCAUAACUCACAGUCGUACGACUAUGUCCUCGCCAACGCGGCAUUGAUGGUAUUGUACGCGUCCGCCAGUCACUCCAUUCGAGUACAUCUUGCAGCCACUGCGAAACAGUGUCGACAGCGGCUGCCAGAUGCGUUACUUCCGCAACACUCACAAUGGAUCUCGUUCACACGCGCAGCUCAUACAGCGUCGACUGCAGUUCUCAGCGACACCGUCAAUGCUCCGGAUAACGUUCAGAGUUCCAUCCCCUGCCCAGUUAUAGACACAGGACCGAAUGUACCGACCCCGGUCUUCCGUAGUACGCACGUUUCAUCACCACAGGAUGGUCCAUCUGAGAAUACGAAACGUCUAUUUCUCCCUCUAGUCGCAUCUACAUAUGCUCGAGCUUUGGAGAACCUACAUCGGAGAGCUGAAUCUACCGCAGCGUUAUUAGAGAGGGCAGAGCCUUCUGCUUGCAACAAUGUACAGCUUCACGCCUCCUUGGAGACUGUGCGUGUGCUUGAGAAAUGUGCAUCCUUAGCUCUGUCGACAAGAGAAGGCCACGACAGCGCCAAGAGCCCCAGGAAUCAGGCUCUACCAUCUGAUCGAUAUUCUAGAGUCUCACCAUGGGUGGCAAGAUAUAUGAUCAGUGUGACAUCAAUGGAGUCGCCACGGGUCCUUCGACGGAUCAUCAUGUCGUUUUUGAACGAAGCUCCAGCUGAAUAUCUGACUCUUGUCCGGUCGGUGCUCGACUCCCCCUCCAUGCAGGCGAGAGCAGAGAGUUGGAUGACGCAGGAUUCUCCCAGAGCUGAGGCACCGUCGCUCAACCCGACGGAUUUACUAGCCAUGGAUAUCUUUGCCCAUUGGCUCGUCCUUGUCAUGUUACUGGACGGUGUAUGGUGGAUUGGUGAUAUUGGACAGUGGGAGCUAGGUCAGGUUAUGUCAUUGAUGAAGACUCAGAAGCUGCUGGACGAUAGUCGAGAAACGUGGUGGCCGGAGAGCAUGUACUUGGUUAAGCGGGAGCUCACCCCCAAUGUCCAGCAGUCAUAGAUUAUUGGAUCGCAGUUUCAUUUUAGACUAUCAGGCCAUCCAUCACCACCCAUGCAAGACGGCCUUUACGUAAUUAUGAACGAUAGAGUGAAUUGGCGAGAUACAAGAGUUAUACCAGUGAAAUUCCAGACGGGGGCUGUAACAGGGAGCCACAAAUAUGAGGAUCACAAAGUGGUGGCGAUAUCCAACCAU